CUCUUCCAAUAACUUGUUCAUACCUCAUACACACGACACGGCUAUUUCCUUUAUUUUAAAUAACCAAAGUCGACUCCUUUACUCACGUCUAUGUAUUACUUGGUCCACAUCUAAAGAUUUGGAUAGCUUUGACGGGUGAUCUUGAUCUGUAAACACAGUUGAAUUCCACAGCAAUGGAUGAGCAACAAUCUAACCCAUCUCAAGAAAGAAGAGACGAAAGAGGAUCUCCUUCUCUCCCUAAACCAGGGACUCCUCCUAGUUUCCUUGGAAAGCAUCGGAUGGCAGCUGCCAUUUCUUACCUCAAUAGCCAGAUUAACAUAAUUCAAGGAGAGGUGGACCAGCUGGAGACAAUGGCUGAAUCGUCUCUUGUUUGCAAAGAACUCGCACAAACUGUUGAAUCCGUCCCCGACCCGCUGCUUCCGGUGACUAAAGGACCAACAGACGUUACCUGGGACAAGUGGUUCAAAGGAGCCUCUGGUGGACGGAAUCACAAGCGCUGGAUCUGAAAGUUUCAGACAACAUUUUCAAAGCAUUGGCAGCACCAGGAUGAGGGGGGAGGGGGAGUAAGCUACAUUACACUCAAUGUAUCAUAUAUCUGAACUAGGUAUGCAAUGGCAUUCCAACACUUGAGAGAAAAACCUAGUCACAACCCACAUGGGACAUGGUUAGAUGCUUGUAGUUCCUGUUGAAAUAAAAGCCAUAGCUACGAUUGAACAUA